AGUUAAUACCUGCUUAUAAGCUUAUCAACAGACUUUCAAGUUUCAACUCACAAUGAUUGAUGCAAAAUCUCUCUUUAUUUCCUUCUCCAAUAAUUGAUAAAAUUGAUUUUGUUGGCCAGAGAAGUCUGAUCGUGAACGUUUGCAGCUCAUUGAGUAACUCCAGAUUACCAGAGUCGGAGUCAGACCGCGCCUUAUGAGGAAAGGGGGUUAAAGGACAGAUCAUCUGUCGAAGCGACAGCUGAUAGUGACGAUAUUAAGAGGACAGAAUAACCGACAAAGAGAAAUGGAAGUGGUUGACAGCAAAGGUAUGGUUUGUGUAACUGGUGGAACAGGAUAUCUAGCGUCAUGGCUGAUAAUGAAGCUUCUUCAACAUGGCUACUCAGUAAAUGCUACCAUAAGGUCCGCUCGAGGUCAUAAAACAGAUGUUAGCUACCUCACUAACUUGUCCGGUGCAUCCCAAAGGCUACGGAUAUUUCAUGCUGAUUUGGACAAACCGGAAAGCUUUAGUGCAGCUAUUGAAGGAUGCGUUGGAGUAUUUCAUGUUGCUCAUCCGAUGAAUUUUGGAGACCAAGAAAUUGAAGAUGAAAAGAUAAGAGAAGCAGUUGAUGGAACAUUGGGGAUUUUACGCGAAUGCCUCAAGUCAAAAACAGUAAGACGAGUUGUUUACACUUCCAGCAGAACAACACUUAUGUUUAAUGAUAAAGGUUUAGAUACAGUGGAUGAGAGCUCAUGGUCUGAUAUCAGUGUCAUGAAAACCUUAAAGCCUAUAUCUACAGCUUCUUAUGUGAUUAGUAAGACGUUAGCGGAAAAGGCUGCUCUUGAAUUUGCUGAGAAGCAUGGACUUGAUAUGGUGACUGUUAUUCCUAGUUGGAUACACGGUCCCUUCUUAAGUCCUCGAUUCCCAGAGUCAUUACGAUCAGCCAUGGCAAUGAUUUUUGGUUAUCAGGAAAACUGCAUGAAGUAUCCCUCGCUUACCCCAUUCGUGCAUGUAGACGACGUUGCCAGUGCACACAUAUUCCUUCUGGAGUAUAGUAAAGCAAAAGGGAGGUAUGUUUGCUCUUCUGUAGAAGUUACACCAGAUGAGCUAUUUAAGUUCCUUUCAACAAGGUAUCCUGAAUAUCAAAUACCUGAUGCCGAUUCCUUGAGGGAGAUUGGAGGGCUUAAACACCCUAGCCUUUCAUCAAAGAAAUUUUUGGACACUGGAUUUAAGUACAAGUAUGGCCUUGAGGAAAUGUUUGAUGGUGCAAUUGAAUGUUGCAAACAAAAGUGUAUACUCUAGUUCAGGUUUAAAUCUCAGCGGAAAGGCAAAAACACUAAGUGAAGUCUUCCUAUUUGUCGAUGUCUUGGUGAACAGAGUUAAUAGGUGUUGUGGGAGGUAGCAGGUAUCUCGUGAAAUUAGUCAAGGUGGUCCGGACACUUAAGAAGGAUAAGAAAAUCGAUCAUAUUUCGUGCACUCUAGUUCAGGUUCAAAUCUCAGCGGAAGGCAAAACACUGGGCAAUAGCUUGCUACCCAUCCAAAUUUUGGUGCACAGAGUUAUCCGGUGUUGUGGGAGUUGGCAGAUAUCCCGUGUUCAGAUUGGAUUCAGAUUGGAAGAUGGAAGUGUUAAGAAACUUUGUGACAAUGGAUUGCAGAGAAUUAAACAACCUCCAUUUUUGGAUUUUUCCUGAUUGGUGAAAUUAAAAAUCAUUGUUUUAGCUUCUUCUUUGAAGCAUUUUUUGAAUUAAUGUAAAGUAUUAAGCAUUACAUAUAAUGGAGAUGUUAUAAGAAACACUAUCUGCUUUUGUGUCUUGUUUAUAAGAAACAGAGUCAUGAUUUGAAAUUUA